AGGCUGGGCCGUGUGGUGGUCGUGGGGGGCGUCGUGGCCGUGGACGCCUGCCUGCCUGGCUCUUCCCCAUGGGGGUCCCGGGCCUUUGUGCCCAGCCCUUCCCUGCCCGCCUUGACUGGCCGGAGGAUGGGCUGACAGCACCGGCGCUUGGGGCGGGCUGGCGAGCGGGCUGAGGGGCUGCCUCCCUUGGCCCGCCUUGCGGGUGGUCGGUGGGCGACUGCCGGUGUGGCUGUGGGUGGGGGCGGCCGCUGGAGCGUCCCCGCCGCCCCCCACCCCCCGCCAUGAACUACCAGCAUCACCACCCGCAGCAGCAGCAUCUGGCCAACUCGGCGGCCAUCCGGGCGGAGAUCCAGCGCUUCGAGUCGGUGCACCCCAACAUCUACUCCAUUUACGAGCUGCUGGAGCGGGUGGAGGAGCCGGGGCUGCAGAACCAGCUCCGGGAGCACGUCAUCGCCAUCGAAGAUGCCUUUGUAAAUAGCCAGGAAUGGACACUAAGUCGAUCUGUUCCAGAACUCAAAGUGGGAAUUGUGGGAAAUUUAGCUAGCGGUAAAUCUGCACUUGUACAUCGAUAUCUGACUGGGACAUAUGUCCAGGAGGAGUCACCAGAAGAUAUGGAUGCAGGUGGGAGAUUCAAGAAAGAGAUAGUAGUUGAUGGACAAAGUUACUUGCUGCUGAUUAGAGAUGAAGGGGGUCCUCCAGAAGCACAGUUUGCUAUGUGGGUGGAUGCUGUUAUAUUUGUCUUCAGCCUUGAGGAUGAAAUUAGCUUCCAGACUGUGUACCACUACUAUACCCGUAUGGCUAACUAUCGCAACGCUAAUGAAAUCCCAAUGGUACUAGUGGGAACUCAGGAUGCUAUAACUUCCAGUAAUCCUCGUGUCAUUGAUGAUGCUAGAGCACGGAAGCUGUCAAAUGAUCUGAAGAGAUGCACCUACUAUGAAACCUGUGCUACCUAUGGGCUGAAUGUGGAGCGAGUUUUUCAGGAUGUUGCACAGAAGAUAGUUGCAACAAGGAAAAAACAGCAGCUUUCGAUAGGUCCUUGUAAAUCAUUACCAAACUCUCCAAGCCACUCAUCUGUAUGUUCAGCCCAGGUCUCUGCAGUACAUAUCAGUCAGACCAGUAACGGAGGAGGGAGUUUAAGUGAUUAUUCUUCCUCUGUCCCAUCUACUCCAAGCACCAGCCAGAAGGAGCUACGUAUUGAUGUUCCGCCUACUACCAACACUCCAACACCUGUUCGUAAACAGUCCAAACGCCGCUCCAACCUUUUCACGUCUCGGAAAGGGAGCGACCCAGACAAAGAGAAGAAAGGACUAGAGAGCAGAGCAGAUAGCAUUGGAAGUGGUCGUGCAAUCCCAAUUAAACAGGGUAUGCUGCUAAAGCGAAGCGGCAAGUCAUUAAAUAAAGAGUGGAAGAAGAAAUACGUUACUCUCUGUGAUAAUGGUGUACUGACCUAUCAUCCAAGUUUACAUGACUAUAUGCAGAAUGUUCAUGGAAAAGAAAUUGACCUUCUGAGAACCACAGUUAAAGUUCCAGGGAAGAGGCCGCCUCGAGCCACAUCAGCAUGUGCGCCCCUCUCCAGUCCAAAGACAAACGGCUUGUCUAAAGACAUGAGCAGCUUGCAUCUCUCUCCAAAUUCAGGAAAUGUGACUACGAGUACGUCUGUGUCUCAGAUGACAAGUGGCAUCAGUCUCGUUUCCUUUAACAGUCGACCUGAUGGGAUGCAUCAGCGUUCCUAUUCAGUCUCCAGUGCGGACCAGUGGAGUGAGGUGACAGCCGUUGCAAACUCAGGCAUCAGUAGUGAUACUGGCUUGGGAGAUUCUGUGUGUUCCAGCCCAAGUAUAUCUAGUACCACAAGUCCUAAGUUGGACCCUCCUCCUUCCCCUCAUGCAAACAGAAAAAAACAUCGCAGGAAGAAAAGCACUAGCAAUUUUAAAGCUGAUGGUAUCUCAGGCACUGCUGAAGCCAAGCGCAAAGCGUGGAAACUAAAUCGUGUUGGUAGCCUGCGAAAUAUAUACAGCAGCAGCAACCCCAACACCGAAGAAGCAGAAGAAAACUUUGAAUUCAUCAUUGUGUCUCUCACGGGUCAAACUUGGCAUUUUGAAGCAACAACCUAUGAAGAAAGAGAUGCUUGGGUCCAAGCUGUAGAGAGUCAGAUUCUGGCCAGCCUGCAGUCAUGUGAGAGCAGUAAGAAUAAGUCCCGACUGACAAGUCAGAAUGAGGCCAUGGCCCUUCAGUCAAUAAGAAACAUCAGAGGCAAUUCUCGCUGUGUGGACUGUGAGGUACAAAAUCCUGACUGGGCGAGCUUAAACCUGGGAGCACUCAUGUGUAUUGAAUGCUCCGGGAUACACCGAAACCUUGGAACACAUUUGUCACGUGUCCGCUCACUUGAUUUGGAUGAUUGGCCUAUAGAACUCAUCAAAGUAAUGUCCUCCAUUGGGAACGAGUUAGCAAAUAACGUGUGGGAAGAAAAUACCCAGGGACGUGCAAAACCCUCUCCAGACUCCACAAGGGAAGAAAAGGAGCACUGGAUCCGGGCAAAAUAUGAGCAAAAGCUCUUCCUUGCCUCCCUGCAGUGUUUAGAGCUGUCCUUAGGCCAGCACUUGCUAAGAGCAACAGCAGAGGAAGAUUUGCGAACUGUCAUCCUGCUUCUUGCACAUGGGACACGAGAAGAAGUGAAUGAAACCUGUGGAGAUGGGGAUGGACGUUCAGCCUUACAUCUGGCGUGUAGAAAAGGAAACGUAGUGUUGGUGCAGCUCUUGAUUUGGUAUGGUGUUGAUGUUAUGGCUCGUGAUGCCCACGGAAACAGUGCAUUGGCCUACGCCAGGCAAGCCGCAAGCCAAGAAUGCAUUGACAUCCUCCUGCAAUACGGGUGUCCGGACGAGCGCUUUGUUCUCAUGGCUACUCCUAACUUAUCCAGGAAGAACACUAAUAGAAACAACAGCAAUGCAAGGAUGCCCACCAUCAUCUGAAGAACUUGGUUCUUGUUUUCUGGCAUUACUAACAUCUACAGCUCAUAUUAUGCAUUACUUUGACAGCUGAGGUCUAUAAAAUACCCCUUCUCCUUUUUUCCUCCGUCCUCACUUUCUCCAGGAGAAAAAUUGCCUGGGUAUUGUAAAGAGACAAGAAGAAGAAAAGAGAACUGCAGAAACCAUUUGUUUCAAUAAAACGGCCUUGAAUGAUGAAACUGUAAAAGGGAGGGGAAGACAAAGAGAGGUCAUGGAUUUGCUAAUGAUCGCACAUGACAUGGGGCCAUUUGAUUGGGUGUCUCUAGGCAGGGCUCUUGCAAGUAUUGCCUGAGAGUUACUGGAGGGAGACAACAGGGGGAAGAGAAGACGAAAUUGUAACUUUCCUUAACUGACAGUUAAGCACAUUAGUACAUUUCACCUCUACCAAACGGAACAUUUGGGUUUCAUUCUCUUUUCCAAAGAGCUUGACGGCAUAAAUCAGAGGCAAGCACAGAGUUUGUCAGGUUUGAAGCUCCUAUGAUGGUAUGUGUCAAAUCAGUUGUAGCUAAUCUGUCCAGGGAGAAUACUGGCUUCAUUACACUUGUAUAGUUGAGUUCUUCCAGCAUUACUGCUGUUUAAUAGAACAUGAUUAGUCAUCACGGGGAAAAAAGCAUAUUAGCCGAGGAGGUAGUUACAUGGCACGCUUCGGUGAUUGCUUGGAUGUGAUUGCAAUAUUCUUAGAAGCAUCAUAUUAUCUCAGACAUGUUCUUUCAAGCCCUUGGAGCCCUCCUUUCUAAAUUCACUGUCAUAAUUUAGUAUCUGUUUAAUUUUUCAGUCCAAAGAGAGGAAAUCAGUUGCUGAGUAUUAUUUGACUGCAACCUCCUUAGUGUAAAAACAAAAUGGAAAAAAUAAAUAAGAAUAGCUAUGAAAUGCAAAAAGGAAUAAUGAAUACUGCUAAGGAAAAAUAUAUGAAGUGCAUUUCUGAGAAUAACUACAUAAAAGGCUAAAAAAGAAAAUCACUCAUGAGAAAUACGUUGUGUCACUUUCGCCAAGGUAAAAUGUGUUGAGUUAUGGUCAUUCAUGUGGUGCAUUGCCUAAGUUAUACAGAUUUUGUAUUGUGUCUUUAGGUUAUAUGUAUAUAAAAAUCUAUUAGAAUUUUUAAACAUU